UCUAAUUAAUUAUGAGUUAUGCAGUUUACAAUUGGGACUGAAGUAUAACAUGUUCGGGUCUCUGUUAAUGAAAAAUCUCUAGCGGCAUAAACAAAUAUUUAGUAGCUCAAAAUCGGGACUAUUGAACAAUUAAAGUGAAUAGAAGUCCGGGUUUUUGCACCACGUUUAGCUUUAAGGCUAAAAACCGUAAACCUCCCCCCACCCCAAAACAAAAUCUGACUAGAAAAUUAAGUUUGUUAUGAUGACAAUGCGAACAUUAUUAUCUUAAAUUAGUUAUUGAUCUUUUUACUCGGGUUUUGUUUUGAAAACACUCCACCAUUCUUUUCCGGUUUGUGUGGCUUCAGAAGGAAGUUGGACAUUGAUAAACAAUGUGACUUUACAUCCAUGUUGGUGCUGAGGAGAGGGCAUCCGACCUGCUGCAGGUCUCCACACAACGCCAUGGGAUGGAGAUGGAAUGUUCUGGGGAAUACUGUAAAUGAUUGUUUUCGGCCGCUCACACUAUAAAGUCAGUCAUGGUAGAUUUGGUCCAAAUUGCCGCGGUACCUCCCGGAAACAGACAUGGACCGGGCUCUCUAUCAUGUAUCAAAGGGAAGAAAUCCUCCAAAAAGUCGCGAGCUAGACGAGGCAAACAAGCCAGGAAGAGAAGGAAUAAAAGGAAGAAGAACAACAGGACACCGCCAACGAUUUUACCACCGGAGAGGGUUGACAUCGGCUUAGGUGCCAAGGCAGCUCUCAAGGCUGAAGAAGGAAACAUUGAAUAUAAGUUAAAGCUUGUCAAUCCCACUCAGUAUCGCUUUGAGCAUCUGGCCACACAGCUGAAGUGGCGUCUGCAGGAGGGCCGUGGUGAGGCCGUGUACCAGAUUGGAGUGGAAGACAACGGCCUGCUAGUUGGUCUGACAGAGACAGAUAUGAAAGGAUCGCUCAGGACCUUAAAAAGGAUGGCGGAGAAGGUCGGAGCUGAUAUAACGCUGUUGCGAGAAAGGGAAGUGGACUAUGGCCUGGACAGAAAUACCCGGAAAAUUGCAGAGGUCCUUGUCCGAAAGGUUCCUGAUGAUCAGCAGUUCUUGGACCUGCGUGUGGCCGUGCUGGGUAAUGUGGACUCAGGGAAGUCGACCCUGCUGGGUGUCCUGACACAGGGAGAGUUGGAUAACGGCCGAGGCCGAGCACGACUAAACCUUUUCAGACAUCUGCACGAAAUCCAGACUGGGCGUACUUCCAGCAUCAGCUUUGAAAUCUUGGGAUUUAACAGCAAAGGAGAGGUGGUAAACUACAGUGAGUCUCGGACAGCUGAAGAUAUCUGUGAGUGCUCAUCCAAAAUGAUCACCUUCAUCGACCUGGCAGGUCACCAAAAGUACCUGAAGACCACCGUCUUUGGUCUAACCAGCUACUGCCCUGACUUUGCCAUGCUCGUGGUGAGCGCCAACACUGGUAUAGCUGGUACAACCCGAGAGCAUUUGGGACUAGCCAUGGCUCUGAAAGUCCCCAUUUUUAUUGUAGUCAGUAAAGUGGAUCUGUGCUCCCAUGGCACAGUGGAGCGAACUGUCCGCCAGCUGGAGCGAGUCUUCAAGCAACCAGGCUGCAACAAGGUUCCCAUGGUAGUGCUGAACCCCGAUGAUGCUGUGACUGCAGCGCAGCAGUUCGCUCAAUCUGCAUGCAUCACACCUAUCUUCACCUUGUCCAGUGUGUCUGGAGAAAGUCUAGACCUUCUGAAGGUUUUCCUGAACAUCCUUCCUCCACUUAGCAACAGCAAGGAGCAAGAAGAUCUGAUGCAACAGCUUACUGAAUUCCAGGUGGAUGAGAUCUACUCAGUUCCUGACGUUGGGACUGUUGUAGGAGGCACUCUGUACAGUGGAGUGUGCAGGGAGGGUGAGCGACUAGUUGUGGGUCCCACAGAAGAUGGCCGUUUCUUGCGUCUGAAAGUGGACAGCAUCCAGAGGAACCGCUCAGCUUGCAGGGUGUUAAAGGCCGGACAGGCAGCCACUCUGGCUCUAGGAAACUUUGACCGUUCUCUUUUGCGCAAGGGCAUGGUGAUGGUCAGCCCCAAGAUGAACCCAACCAUCUGCUGUCAGUUUGAAGCUGCCAUUGUUCUGCUCUUUCACGCAAAGACUUUCCGGCGGGGUUCACAGGUCACUGUCCAUGUUGGUAAUGUCAGGCAGACAGCAACAGUGGAGCGCCUUCAUGGAAAGGACGAGCUUCGAACAGGAGAGAGGGCCGUUGUUCGCUUUCACUUCAUCAAGCACCCUGAGUAUUUGCGACUGACUGCCAAGCUGCUCUUCAGGGAAGGAGUCACCAAGGGCAUUGGUCAUGUUACACGUCUGCUACCACACAACCAGUAUCUGAACCAUGACCAGAAUCUGCAGGAUUAUUAGCGACUAUUCACACUCUCUUCUUCAUUUGACCAACAAAAACUAGCUUUAUGAUCCUGCCCAGUGUAUGCAUAUUGAUCCACCCUUUAAUCCUUUACAUAAUUCACAAAAAAAUAAAAUGUGGUGUUUUCACCAAGGUAGCAAGAACAUCAAACUCAAGUUAAGAAUUUCUGGGAAGUCCUCAUAGAUCUAUCUUACUGCAGCAAACAUCAGUGUAGUAAACACACCCACUUUAAAUUUCUGAGCAAUUACACAAGUAAUAUAUUCUGCCCAAGCUGGAAAGACUACCAGAACCCAGGCUAGCGUUGUAAAAACGUAUCAAUUUUUUUUCUUGCAGACCUGGGAGAGAACAAAUUUCUGUGUUCUAAUGUAAUAUUUUCAGGCUUUAUGUUUUGUUUUCAUUCACACCUUUGGGUCCUAAUGAGUAAAUCAUCAUCAUUGCCAGCAGGCAUAUGUGCUUUAUGUUGAAUAUGCAUGACUGUAGUGGACUUCAUUCUGAAUAGUUCCUCUAAUGUCAUGUCAGAGACUAAUUUAACAAUGUUUUUUAUUCCAUCUUGCUGCUAUUAGAAGAAUUAUCUGGGGGACCAAGCUUUACAUUCCUUUAAAGAAAUAGAGUGCUCACUUAUCUUGAUAAGGAUUCAGAUAAGAAACUGUAUGCUGCACUUUUCAGACUGUUUUAUUGAAAGAUGUGAGAAGGUAUCAGAGGUGUAAACUUGAGUCGUGACUUGGAAUCGAGUCAGACUAGUCACAAAUUUAAUUACUUAAAUGACUUGACUUGUUAAAAUCACAAAGAUUAUGACUUGACUGGGACUUUCACACCAAUGACAAGCUCCUUGACAUAAAAAUACUUGAUAUCUUACAGCAAACAUAAAGUGUUUUACUAUAUACCGUGCCUGGAGCGCAAACCAGGCCCCUGCACCAUUCGACUAUGGAAUUAGAAUACUUUUUCAUUUCAUUGUGUACACGUACAGUACAGCAGAAUUUGUUUAAACAGCUCUUUUAUUUUUUAUCCUCCUCCUGCUGCAACAUGCACCAUGAUUAGCAUGUGUUGCUUAUUUGUUUUUCCUCUGCAUCCUAUGAUGACAGCAAAUAAUCUGAGGGUGGUGGAGAUGCACUACCAUCCAGUGCUAUGAGGAGAGGUGCACGCAAAGUUGGAAAAAGGAAAAAUAAAAAGCUAUUUGUAACAUUCAGUGUUGUGCAUGAUGCGUCCAAGAGUAAGGAUGUUUAUUCUAUUCUAUUCUAUUCUAUUCUGUAUUAAAUUCACUUAAUCAAUACAAAUGUCAUUGAUAUAGCAAAUAAUUGCAGUUUUGUAGUGUUAGGAUCAUAUGUGUUGCAGCCCACAUAAUCAGCAAUGUGGAAGCCAAGUGGCCUGGGUCUGUGCAUUACACAUAUUUUGUGAUUAGUAUAUAUAUAUAUAUAUAUAAAAUCAUAUUUGUUAUAAUAAUUUCAAAUUCACCAAUCACUUCCCAAACUAAAGACAACAGUCGUUUCAUUUUAUUAAGUGUUCUUUAUUGCCUGCAACUGGAAAUACAGUAGUUAUUGAUAUUUUGUUUAAACAAAUAAAAUCAUCCACUUCUGUGGGCACCUCACCUACGUUUAACUGAUGCUCCAGCUGUUGUACUUUAUGUUUUCUGCAGCUGCAUUUUUAGGUAUUCCUUUCUGAUUAGACAUGUUUCUAUGUUUUCUUGUAUUUCUUGUAAAUACACUUUGUACAACUGUUUCACAGGAACGUUAUGGAGAGAAAAAUAUCUCAAUUGCAGUUGCAUGUCUACUCUUUUUCAUAUUAACUCAUCAGCCAACCUUUAACUUCUUACUCAUCAUUAAUUGCAUAUGUUGAAUAUAGCCAGUGAAUGCUAGGUAAUUUAGUUGGUUAGUUGGUUAAACAUACCAAUAGCUGUUUUUGUAGCAGCAACAGCAAUGCUUUUUUUCUUAAAUAUGUGCUGAUAUUCUACAUAUGCUGUCAUAAAUAUUUCUAAUUCCGUCGGCGGGAAACGCACUUCCAGGCUUCUUAUUUCCUCCCUUUGCAAUGGUGAAUCACGUUAUCUGCAUUCCAUUGAUGAGGCCUUCUUAUUUCCUUGCGAUCAUGCUUAACUCAGGCAACUUCUACUCAGAGAUGAGUAACCCUGUUGUUACAACCUGUUCUCAUUCCAAAACCCCUGUGUAUAAUAUUGUGGAGUAGGUCUACUCACGGUAUGUGCUCUCUACUUGGAGCUUGGUAACCCUGCUUUCUGAAACAGGGCCCCGAUUUAAUUGGAUGCACACGUCCAGAAAGUUUCACUGGUGAUCAGUUGUUCCUGUAAAGCUGGUUUGGGUAGCUUCUUUCUAAUGAUACAUUGAAUCAUCAUUGAAUAAUUAUUAGAAAACGUUAUUUUGUAUUUACUCAGGCUAUGUUCAUCUGAUACUAAAUUUAGUUUGAUCUGAAAUCUUUAGGUGUGAUUAAAAAGCAAAAACAAAAAAUCUGUAAGGGAACAAAUAACAGCUAAGCAACAGAAAAAUGCAUAAAACAAACUAUAUUGUUAUUACCAAUUACAAUUAUUAGUUGAUUUGUUUCAGUUCUAUACUUGCUCACAACAUUAGAAUUUGAACUAAGGUCCAUGAUUUGGGUGAAUAGGUGUCUGACUCUGUGUAUGACCGCACAGGAUUUUAGAAUUUUUUUAACCCCUUUCCACAAAUGGAACUAGUGUCAUAUUUUGAUAUUUUGAUGAUAAUUACCUAUAGAUGUUUAGAAUUUUUUAUGUCCAAUAAAGGUGAAGACAUCAGUGAGGAUUCUUGUACUGCUAGGUGUACUUGCUGUUUAUCAAACCGAUCCUGGUGGUUUGUAGGUCAAGUCAACUCGCCAGGUCUGCACUGCAUUUAGCUCCACCCAGCCAAAUAAAUGUGAGAAACAAUGUAUUCACAAAUCACAUACAUUUCUGUCACAGUAAAUAAUCAACAGGUUGAGAAAAUUUAGUUAAACAAGAAGUGUAAAGCAUGGCAUAGACAAGCUUUACUGCAACUUAAUAAUCAAAACUGAUAUUGAAAGCUACAAGGUACAAUGGUGAGGAUUUCUACAUCAGAAGAGACCUAAUUGAAAGCUACAACUUCAAGUAUAGUACAGUAUAAACAUGUGCAUGAGUAAGCUGCAAUUUGGUUGCCAUUGUAGUAUGAUACAACAUGGGCCAUCAUUGGUAGAUUUUUACAAAACCUCCUGUUUUGCAUAAGAAAUAUUGAAGACCAUGACUUCAAUAGGCAUUUAAGGAUAAAAACUGUUCAUUCUGAACUGUUUAAACAACAUAGUCAGAAUCACUGUUGACAGGAAGAAGUACUGAAACUGUAACAGUUGCAUUAGAGAAAUACAACACAUAAUUCAAUUAGUAUUUAGAGUUGAGGAUGUGUAUUUAAAACAACUUUUUGUCAUGUUUUGUCAUACUUUUACUAAUAAACAUUUAUAGCAUGCA